UUUUGGGGGACGUGGGGACUGUUUGUGUACGACUGAAAUCCAAUUCCCAGGCAUGGAUAUCAGAGAAACCUGAAGCGGAAAGGAGGACCAGAAGCUGACCACCGUUCCUUCUCUCUGUUCUCCUUAUCCCGAUGGCGGCGAUCAUAACCUCCAACUCGUUUAUCUUAACCACCGCCCCAAACACCCGGCGAAGCUUCAAGAGCCACCGGAGGCAGUUCGCGGUCUACGCCAGGAGAAGUGGAACCUUCGGUUCGCUUCGCCUGGGGAAAUCGAGCAAUGGAUCGCCGUCGUCCGACGAUGCUCCGCCGGAAGAAUCCGGGAACUCGAAUCCAUUCCGUUUCAAUUUUGGAAAAGUGCCGGAUAUGAAGUCUCUUAUUCCGGUCGUUAGCAAUCCUUCGUCGUCUGGUCUGUCGUUUGGGAACGCGAGGCGGAAGGAUCCUAACACUGUGUUCGUCGCCGGCGCUACUGGUCAGGCCGGCAUUCGAUUGGCGCAGACGCUGUUGCGUGAAGGUUUCAGUGUCCGUGCCGGUGUGCCGGAGCUUGACGCUGCGCAAGAAUUGGCUCGCCUUGCCGCCAAGUAUAUGGUCAUAUCGAAUGAAGAAUCAAAGCGGCUCAACGCCGUCGAAUCCACCUUUCAAGACGCCGAAUCGAUCGCCAAGGCGAUCGGAAACGCCGGCAAAGUUGUUGUCACUAUUGGCGCGGCAGAAAACGGUCCGACCUCCGAAGUUACCACAUCGGACGCUCUGCAAGUAAUUCAGGCAGCGCAGCUCGCCGGAGUAAGCCACGUGGCCAUCGUCUACGACGGCAGCGCAUUGAACUCCUCCACCUACAAUGUACUCGACGGCCUUUCGUCAUUCUUCAACAAUCUUUUCUCCCGAUCUCAGCAGUUGUCCGUGUCGGAGCUGUUGCAGAAAAUCGUCGAAACCGAUGUCGGCUAUACAUUCAUCAAGACGAAUUUAGUCGAAGACUUUGCGCCUGAACGGACCUACAACGUCGUCGUCGGAGCUGAAGGAAGCGCUAGUUCAAACGACUACAAAGUGGCCAAGUCACAGAUAGCAUCGCUGGUCGCCGGCGUUUUCUCAAACACAGCGGUGGCCGAAAACAAGGUUGUGGAAGUUUAUUCUAGUCCAUCUGCACCUUCAAGUUCAGUAGAACAACUUUUCAGUGCCAUUCCUAAGGAUGGGAGAAGGGAGGCUUAUGCUGAAGCACAGGCCAAGGCAAAAGCAGAGGAAGAAGCCAUAAGAGCUGCCGAGAAAGCCCGUCAAGAGGCAGAGGCCGCAAAGAAAAAGGAAGAGCAGGUUGCUAAAAGACUCUCAGAAAAGGCAGCCAAAGCUUCUUCUCCUCCUCCUGCUGCUGCCGCCGAAGAAUCCGAUCAAAUUGCUUUCUUUAACACCUUCUUGAACAAAGCAAAGGAUUUCAGUUCAGAGCAGUCCCAAAAGCUCAAAAAGCUCACAGAAAAGGAACCUCAGGCACCCUCUAAAGCUAAAGCCGAGGAGGAGGCCGAGAGUGCAGGUAGUUUUGUCAACAACUUUUUCAGCAAAGCCAAGGACUUGGGCUCAGCGCAGCCAUGGGAGAAGCUAGCUUUUCAGCUGCAGAAACCACCAUCUGAGGAAUCAAAUGUUCAGGUAGCCACAGUGAGAGGACAGGCCAAGGCUCGAGCUCUGCCAUCAAAGAAAGCCGCCGUGAGGCAACCACAGACCAAUUCCAACUCCAAGCCUCCAUUUGCCGUGAAGGCGAAAGAAAACUCAAAGCCGAAAGGCAAAGAGGAGGGAUCAAAGGCAGAGGUGAGGAAGGUUUUUGGUGGUCUCUUUUCGCAAGAAACCUUAUAUGUUGAUGAUGAUUAGGAAGACAGAAUUAAUAUUUGUUUCAGUUUCUGGCUUUUAUGGCUGAUAGAACUCUUUGAAGUUUGAAGAGAUCAUUUUUAUUUGUGUAUUUACAUUGUAAUCUAUGUACGUAUCUGUAUUCUGUGUUUGAGGGUUGGUUUCUUGGUUUUACUUUUACAAGUUUAAGCGAAGAACAUGGGAGUUUGUUUGUUGUUGUGAUUGUGAGACAUUCAAUUGUUUUUUGCAGUUGAAGAGGAGAUUAUCCAGCUCUUUGUAAAUGGAUCUACUCAAGUUAAUUUAAUAUUGUUCAUGCUUUACGGCCUUUGAUCCAA